GAGCGUGAAGGUGUGCACUGUGGGAGCAUCAAACAAAUGCAAUUUCAACAAAAUCAGUUUCUACAAAAUAGGCCUAUAUUUGAAGUCCAGUUCAUCCAAUUAUUAUAGCCUAUAUAUUGUAAUGUCAAGCGACGUGCCUAUGCCCUUUCAUAUGAUACGGUCAUGAUGUCAUGAUAUCAUAAAAACGAAAGUGAAAGAUUCCCAUUUUAAGUUUGCCUGUUUCAAAAUUGCGGACCUGAAGGGGAGGUACUUUUCAUUAUUGUCAUUUACCCUGCUAUGAACAUAAAUAGGUUCUGCGCCAAAAUAGAAAGAAAACUAAACAUUCACUCGUUUACUAAUACACUUUUCAAACUUCUUCAGAAUGUCUGAAAGCAAUGACAUCGACGAGGGCUUUUACUCCCGACAGCUGUAUGUCUUAGGUCAUGAAGCGAUGCGUCGCAUGGGGACAGCUGCUGUUCUCAUCGCGGGGAUGCGUGGCCUCGGAGUGGAGAUCGCUAAGAAUGUCAUCCUGUCGGGAGUGAAAUCCGUUACUGUGCAGGAUGAGGGGCUUGCUCAGUGGAUGGACCUCUCCUCACAGUUUUUCCUCCAGGUGUCUCACCUUGGUCAGAACCGAGCCCUGAUUUCCCAACCUCAAUUGUCUGCACUAAACCCCCAUGUUUGUGUGUCUGCCCACACUGGAAAACUGAACGAAAAGCUGUUGCUACAAUUCCAGGUGGUUGUUCUCACCGACUCCUCCCUGGAGGAUCAGCAGCGUUUUGGGGCGUUUUGUCAUUCAAAUGGCAUUAAGUUCAUUGUUGCUGACACCAAGGGACUUUGUGGCCAGUUGUUCUGUGACUUUGGCAAAGAGUUUGAGGUCUUGGACCCUGAUGGGGAGACACCCCCAUCCGUCAUGAUAGACAAUAUAACCAAGACAGAUCCAGGAGUGGUCAAAUGUAGUGAACCCGUUAAUGGCUUUGUGGAUGGCUGCAGUGUCUCCUUCUCUGAAGUCUGUGGUAUGAAAGAGCUCAAUGAAUAUGGACCAGUGGAAAUCAAAGUGCUGGGCCCCGAUUCCUUCAGUAUCUGUGACACCUCAGGCUUUUCUGCAUACGAGAAAUGCGGUGUAGCAACUGAGGUCAAAAAUUCAAAGACACUAACAUUUAAACCCCUGAACGAGGCCUUAACUGACCUAGAGUUACUAGUAUACACUGACCAUGGGAAGAUAUCCAAUCACCAGACCCUACAUCUGGCCUUCCAAGCCCUGCACGGUUUUGUGAAGCAAGAAGGACGACUCCCCGAGGCCAGGUCUCAGUCAGACGCUGAGCUCCUGGUAGCCUUGGUGAAGGAGCUGAACAAGGUGUACAAGCUGGAACAGUUGGAUGAGGAAGUGGUGCGGAGUCUGUCCCUCACUGCGCGUGGUGACCUGGCCCCCAUCAACGCCUUUAUUGGAGGGUUGGCUGCCCAGGAAGUCUUGAAGGCGUGUAGUGGGAAGUUCAGUCCUCUUCAACAGUGUCUGUACUUUGAUGCACUGGAAUGCCUUCCUGAAGACAACCAGGAGGAUGGAGAGCAAUGGAGAGAGAGCACAUAUUUACCAAGUGGCUCCCGCUAUGAUGGACAGGCUGUUGUGUUCGGGUCAGCCUUCCAGGAGAAGCUUGGUAAACAGAGGUAUUUCCUUGUUGGGGCUGGCGCUAUAGGUUGUGAACUUCUCAAGAACUUUGCUCUGAUUGGCCUCGGUGCUGGUCAGGGGGGACACAUCACUGUGACAGACAUGGAUUCCAUAGAGAGGUCCAACUUGAACCGACAAUUUCUCUUCAGAUCUCAAGACAUUGGGAGACAGAAGUCUGAGGUAGCAGCCCAGGCGGUUCGGGCCAUGAACCCCAGCAUGAACAUCACUGCCCACCAGAACUGCCUGGACCCAGACAGUGAGAAGGUCUAUGGAUACCACUUCUUCAUGGGGCUGGAUGGAGUGGCUGCAGCUCUGGACAACGUGGAAGCCAGAGUGUACUUGGACAGCCGCUGUGUUCAUCACCAGAGGCCCCUGCUGGAUGGUGGUACUCUGGGUACUAAGGGCAGCACACUUGUGGUGGUUCCCCACCUGACUCAGUCCUAUGGACCAGCCAAGACAAACUCUAGGGACGCCAUCCCACUCUGCACUCUGAAGAAUUUCCCACACCGUAUAGAGCACACCCUGCAGUGGGCCAAAGACCAGUUCGAGGGGCUCUUUAAGCAAGCAGCUGAAAAUGUGAACCAGUACUUGGGGGAGGGUGCUGGCUUCCUGGAGCGAACCCUGGGCCGGGGCGAGGCGGAGGCUUUGGAGGUUCUGGAGUGUGUCUGGGGGGCCGUGGGUAUGCAGCGGCCCCGAGGCUGGGAUGACUGUGUUGGAUGGGCCCGUCGCCAAUGGGAGACCGUCUACAACAAUGACAUCGCACAGCUGCUCCACUGCUUCCCCCCGAAGCAGCUGACAAGUUCAGGUCUGCCUUUUUGGUCCGGAACAAAGAGGUGCCCCAAUCCUCUGAACUUUGACCCCGACAAUACCACCCACAUGGACUACGUGGUGGCAGCAUCCAACCUCUACGGGCAGAUCUAUGGGAUUGUGGGUACGCGAGACAUCUCCGCCAUCAAGAGCGUCCUCGAAAAGGUCCACAUACCCGCCUUCACUCCCAAGUCUGCGGUCAAGAUCCACCUCACUGACGAGGAGAUGGAAGAAGAUAAGAACAGUGGAGAUUUUGACACGGAGCGCCUGGAGGAAUUGCAUAAGAAGCUGUCCUCUCCUCCGAUGAACAGCUCAGACCUGCAGAUGCACCCCAUGGUCUUUGAGAAGGACGAUGAUAAUAACUUCCAUAUGGACUACAUCGUGGCAGCCUCUAACCUGAGGGCAGAGAACUACGACAUCCCAACUGCUGAUCGUCACAAGAGUAAGCUGAUCGCAGGGCGCAUCAUCCCGGCUAUAGCCACGACCACGACUGCAGUGGCCGGUCUGAUGUGUCUAGAGCUGUACAAGCUGGUCCAGGGACACAAGAGGAUCAGCUCCUACCGCUCGGCCUUCAUCAACCUGGCCGUCCAGUACUGUGUCCUGUCGGAGCCCCUCGGGCCGCGCCGCUUCACGUUUGCAGGAAAGGAGUACUCCUUGUGGGAUGACUUCCUGGUUCAGGGCAGACGUGAGAGUGGACAGGAAAUGACCUUGGGAGAGCUGCUGGAACACAUCAAGCAAGAACAUCACUUGCAGGUCACCGGUCUGUACUAUGGAAACGCUGUGGUCUAUGAUGGUGGCUCUAAUCACAAGGAGAGGCUGGCGAAGAGUGUGUCUGAAGUGGUCAGUCUGGCAACCAAGACAGAGGUCCCUGAACACCUGUGUGUACUAGAGAUGUUUGCUUCCUUCGCCGAGGACGAGGACUGUGAGACGUUCCCUCCCAUCAGGUACCUGUUCAAAUGAUGUCAUCAGGAGGAGACAAAAGAGCCGUGCACAGCACCACAGUACGACCACCUGUCCACUCCUCUGUUUACACAAAGUGUUUAUACUUAGACAAGCUGCGUUUGGACAUGAAAAUGCAUUAUUUUGGUUUGCAUCCAGGCCUCAUAUUCUUUGUCCUUGAAGCUGCCUCUUACAGUAAAUAAUCAAUAGCUUUCCACUUCCAAUAUUGUAAUAAUGUUAUAAUCAUGAAUAAUGCUAUUUAAUUACAUACUUUUUUUUAAUGUAAUUUUUUUCAAUUAACUGAUUGAUUUAACUCAGAACCGGAUGUAAUCAACUGUGAUUAGCAUGUGUUAGUAUAGACGCUGGUUCUGAUCAACUGUGAUCAGCCGUGACUUUUUAUGUUUGCAUUGAUUCUGUUAAAAGCUUUGACCAAUGUGAGGUUUUAAAUGUCCAAAAACUGGAAUAUGAGAAGUGAGAGAUAAUGGGAUAUUUACUUCCCUAAACUGUCCAAAACACGGCAGUUCCCUUAGGGAGGACCAAUUACACCCCCUUUAGAUGAUCUCUCUGCUGGACCGCUAUUUGGAAAGGAGGGCCUGGCAGGCCUUGAUUACCUCAUUAUCUGUUCCUGUCAACUUGGUUCUUGGGAAAUGAGAAGUGACACAUCCUGAAACGAUGUUUGCAAACAUUAUGAGAUGUGCAUGCAGGUCUUGACUGGGUUGGGGAUGUUGAGGUAAGGGUAUCCCAGGGUAUGGAUUUGUUAAGUUAGCCCUGGCCGGCUGGGCCCAGUGUCUGUUGGACUGGUUCCCCAGUGUGAUUCAGGUCAGACUAAACCUGGGGAUGAAGCCUAGUCAGAGCCCUGGUCCCCUGAUCUGCUUGGCGCUGAAAGGACGUGGGUCGGUUGGUUUGAGGCUUACUGAAUCUCUCACCAUCUGGACAACAACUGUCAGUCCAACAGCCCCCCCACCCCCAACACACACACGCCUUCCGGGGGACCUAGGCCAUGAGCUCAUCGAGCCCGUGCGGUUGAAGGCCACGAGCGGGCGUCGACGUGGCCUUCCUCUGUCCUUCAGCUGAAGAGAUCCUUAGCUGCGUUCUGAAAUCCACUGUUAUGCUGCCACAUAAACUAACAUUACAUGUGUAGGUAUUUGAUUCGAUUUUUGGUGUUGUCUGUACAUCCUCCACUGCCUUAAUUUGCUUGAUUGAUUCGAUUUUUUUUGAUGUUGUAAAUGUAAUAAAACGGUGUUGAAAGCUA